GAGCGCGCGAGCGAGCGAGCGAGCGCCAGAGACAGAGAAGUGAGUAGCGCGUGCCCCCGGAGUCAGCAUUAGGAUUUCCGAGCGAUGGAGCGCGCGCGGGACUGAGUGAUGCUGUGGGGUCUGCAGAGUCUAACGGUAGAGAAUCUGGUCGUCCUCGCCCCUCUCGACCCACACCCACUCUAACUUCCACCCUUGAUGCGAGAGGACACCUAAGACGAUGAGCGCGCUGGUGUUCAGCAACCUGGACGAGCGUCUGACUUUCGAGGAGAACGGAAAAGCUGUCGAGAGGAAGAGCCUGAGUUAUCUGGAAGUGUUAAAUGGCCAGCAUGCAGACUCUCUGACCAAGAGGAUGGACGGAACGCUGCAACACCGAAGGCAGAGUGGAGGGAAGGUGCGGCACAAGCGGCAGGCUCUACAGGACAUGGCCAGGCCGCUCAAACAGUGGCUGUAUAAACACAGGGACAACCCGUAUCCCACCAAAACCGAGAAGAUCCUGCUGGCCCUCGGCUCCCACAUGACCCUGGUGCAGGUAUCGAACUGGUUCGCUAACGCACGCCGCAGGCUGAAGAACACGGUGCGACAACCCGACCUGAGCUGGGCUCUACGCAUCAAACUGUACAACAAAUACGUUCAGGGCAACGCGGAGAGGCUCAGCAUCAGCAGCGACGACUCGGCUUCUGAAGAUGGUGAGAACCCUCUCCAGACGCAGCCCAGCGAAUCCGAGUCCAGCCAGCCCGCGCACAAGACGGUGAUCCAGGAGAGCCGGGGCCUCGAUUACGUCUCCCCUCCGAAGUACAAGAGCAGUCUGCUGAACCGCUACCUCAACGACUCGCUGCGGCACGUCAUGGCCUCCAACUCGGACUCGCGCAAGAGGAACCACUCGGGCUCGUUCAGCUCCAACGAGUACGACGACGAGCUCCUGUCGCCCUCGUCGUCUGAAACGGAGGCCAACUUCACCUACCGGACAGAAUCCAUGGACUGUGGCUCUCAGUUCCACGACGUGUGCAAUCCCAAAGGAGGCGUCCGAGUUAAGAGCGGCGCGUACUGGAACGAGCUCCACGCGGCCAUGGCGCUGACCAACCUGGCGCAGAGCGAGGAGGCCGCGCCCGCAGGCACCACCAGCUGCAUCAUCCAGAAGUCCUCGCACAUAGCGGAGAUUAAGACUGUCAAAGUCCCGAUCGCGCCCCCUCAGUAGUGCUCAGACGACUCCGGGGUCGACUUUGAGGUGGAGACUUGAGACGCCGAGACUCGAACACGGACCUGCAGCGGAGCGCAGCUCCGGAAACGAUCGAUCGCAGUGUUUUAUAAGGACAUGAUUUGGACGUAUCACCGACGUGCCUGAUUAUGAGUUAUGACAUCCAGACGGUACACUAACACCAAAAGGAAGCGAUGUCUGAUGGAUCGAAGUUUGGUUUGGACUCUUGAGGAGAGCAAAUUUCUGAUUCUGAAAUCAUAAAGUGACGUCGGCUUUUUUAAAUAUCAUGUUUUUUGUUGUUUUUUUUGUUUGCGAUCCUUCAUAUACAUGUUUACCACUUUUUCCUAAGUUAAGUAUAGUGUUUACUGAGGCAGGAUUAUUGUCCAACGAUUAUUGCUCAACAGUUGUUUCUCAUUAUUUUUUAUUAUAGAGGUACAGCCAUACUAACGUUGCCUUGUGUAUCUGAUGAUUGAUGAGCCUCCAGGGAAAUAAUAGCCAGGUUAUAUCAUUUUCUCGAACUCUCGCUGACCCAUCUGUGAGUAAUCAGCUCUCCGUGGAUCGCUGACGGUGACUCAGAUCAUCGUCGCUCACUGCGUCCUGACCAGAUUCGCCGGGUUUCAAAAUAUUGUCUCGGAAAUAUUUCUCUCUUUCCAGCAUUUCUCCUUUCAAUAAAACCAGACGACCUGA